GUGCAGAUAGUAUCCUAAUCAGAGUAGUUGUCCGAUCCGACAGCGGGAUUAUACCUUUAUUGUCAGAUUGCAAGUUGCAUCCGUGGUAGGCUUGCGUUCAGCACUUCACCAUCUUAGGCUCAGCAAGCAGCCUAUCUUGCAGGCGCUAUCUCUCGGGUUUGUGAGGCUGAGUCAACACGAAAAGAUAUGCUUCCAGCAGGAAAUAAUCCAAGGUUGAAUGUUGGAGUUCUGCCGAAAGAGCGUGGGGAUCAGCCUGAAGUCAGGGGCAAUUUUCCCCGGGAAGAGGCCAAUUUUGGUCGACGCCACGGCGCAGCACUGCAGAUCACUCAACUUGUCAAAGGCAACGCGUUCCAUCCUCGGCCUUUUCAGCAGAAGACAAAGCCGAAGAGUCGAAGACUACAAUCAAGUUCCAUCCGCCCCACGGUUCACGGACCAUGCCUCCGGACUACGAAGUGGGACAAUAUAGUUGUUUCGAAGUUCCGUGCGGCGCCAGCUGGCAGGUUCGCACGACACUGUCAGUUGCCAAUGCAUAUGACAACUACUCACUACAGAGCUCGAGAACUGCAACUGCUAGGAGAUGUAGUGACCGCGCGUCUGUGCUUUUCUUGCUCAACCAAAGUGAUAAUGCGGGAAGUCGCCGCACUGGACUUCGAUAAUUUGAAAUCUCAAGUCUCUGAACCAAAGUGUCUCGGACUUUCUUGCAAGAAUUGCACGCUGUCAAAGCAGCCUGCCACACUCUUGGGGUAUUUUGAUUCUCUGAGUCUCAGCAUCUACUUUCCACAGAUUGCGGUCGGCAAGAGCCGCCAAAACAACGUCUGUGAGUGUCUGUCCCACCCAGUGGUACUUGGAGAGGCCAGUUUGCUAUCUACAAACUCUAUUGCAGUUGCAUGAAGCUUCUCGUAUCCUCGGUAGGUUGCCGCUGCCGGCUGAAGUCAACUCUGGUACCAGAUAAAAUGAAGACUGCGCCUGCAGAUCAUUUGACGCGUGUCAAGAAAUUCAUACAACGACCUCAACGACCACCUUUGCACCAAGAUUACAACUGCCGUAAACGUCGUGCGGCCACAGGAUCUCCAGGAUAAAGGCAAAAUCUACGGAAUAAA